AUGACGACGAUUUCUUUCGCCGCGCGAGCUCCUUUUGCUCGUUCGAAAGGCAUCAGCGCGAGCAGCAGCUCUGCGCGUUUACGACGAACCCGCGUCGUUGUUAAAUCCGCCGCGCGAUCGAAACGAAGAAGCGAUGCAAAUGAUGAUUUUCCCCCGUCGAUGACGACAUCACCUCCGCGAGAAGAAGACGACAACGACAAAAACAAAGAAGAGAUGGAAACGUACCAUAUGCAAGGCGUUUCCUCCGGUGGAAAAAGUCUGAUCGUGUUCCUGAGUUGGUGCGCGUUCGCGGAAAAGACUGGGAUUUUGGAACCGAUUUUUGUCAAUUCUUCUCCCAAAGAGGAGGAAAAGAAGACUUCAAAGAAAGCGCAGAAACCGACGCGAAGCGCGCGGUGGAAAGAUCGCGCGAAACGAGAGUUUUCCAAAAACACUCCCUUUGGUGAGUCCGAGAACUUUCCCUUAAAGUUAAGUUUUCAGCGCGGCAAGACGUACUUCACGGAGAAGCGGUUCAAGAAGUCGAUAUCGGACGGCACGGAGACGAAGUUUGACGCCAAGGGCGAAAAGUUGAAGGCGGAGUUACAGAAACGCAAGAACGUGGAAAUUUUGAAGCGAGAACUUUUGCAAAAGAAGAUGGAAGAGGCGAAAGAGAUUGAACGAGAACGCGCGAAGACGCAAAAAGAGGCGGAGAUGAAAGCGCAAAAAGUGAAGGAAGAGCUCGAGAUGAAAGCGAAGAUGAAGAUCGACGCGGAGAGGAAGAAACAAGAGCAAAAGGAGAAGGCGAAACAACAGAUGAUGAUGCAAGAACAACAACAACAACAACAACAACAAAAGACGAUGAUGGAUGCGAAGAAGAAUAACAAGAAAAACGAUGAGAAGCAGAAGAAAAAGAAGACGAAAGCGACGACGACGACGAGCGCUACUACGUCAAAAAGAACAAUUCAGAUGCCGAAGGUUUCCUUGCCGGACAUGACGCAAACGAAAGAAUCACUCUCGAAAAGCGCUUCGUCGUUCGCGGAAUUCUCUAAAUCCGUGUCCUCGUCGGCGUUUGAAACUUCGAAAUCGAUCGGAUCGUCCGUCGCGGAUGUUUCGGUGAAGGCGAAAGACGCGACUGUUUCUUCGGUAAAGAAAACCGUGUCGACGGCAUCCAACGUCGCGACCAAGACGAAAGAUUCCUUGCUCUCGAUUGAAUUGCCGAAAAGAAAAGAAAAGAUUAUUGAGAACACGACGACGAAAAAGAACAACAAGAAAAUUCAACAGCGACAACAACAACAACCGAAAAAAGUAGCAUCGUCCGCGACGGCGAAGCGAGAAGAAAAGAAGAAAAAAUCCGUCGAAAAACUGAAACCAAUUCAGCAACAGAAGAAAGCGAUUUUGACAUCGAAGAAGAUGGAAAAGACAAAGACGACGAAAGCCACGAAAAGUUCCGCAGCUGGUUCCACUCUGGCGACGAAGAUUUCACCGUCGUCGUUUUCUUCUUUAGCCAAACAAUCGAGAACUCUGAUUGGCGACAAAGUCACCUCCGCGGUUCAAUUCGCGACGACAAACAUCCGACCGCCGUCUAUCGCUACCGCGCCAACCAACCUCUCCCCGGCUGCGAUCCAACAAACCGCGCUCUACGUCUCCUCCUUCCUCUUAUUGGCCUUCACCUCCUCCCGCGUGCGCAAAAACCGCCGCGAGCGCGCGCAAAAGCGAGCCGAACGAGAAAUCCGCCUCGCAGCCGACCGAGAGCGACAAAAGCAACGCUGGACGAAAGCCAUCGCCCAAAACCCAGACUCCUCGCAACUCCUCGGCAACCGCACCUCCAAAACCGCGAAAACAAUCACCAAAAGUGAUACCUCGAAGCGCUUAUCCUCCGCCUCGCAAGACGACGAGUUCGACGAGGUGCGAGAGAUGAACGCGUCCUUAAAAAAAGCGAGUUCAAACAACGAAUCCGGUUGGGACGAGAAAGAGUACGAUAAGAUGAACAAAGAGUACCAAAAGUUUUUAAAAGACAGCCGCUUGCCGAAAGAAAGAAAGGGGAACACGAAAUAA